AACCGUCGUUUCUUUCCCCUGUCCAAAAAAUACUCUUUAAGGAUUGCACCUGGAUUCGAUAUUUUUGCCUACAUUAUAUCUAUUUGGUACCAUUUGAAAGUUUCAGAGUUGAGUUAUGGCUGAAGGCAGAGAUACACCAGAUCUUCCUAGAGGGUUAAUUGAUAGAAGAGGAACUCCAUUGGGAAAAGGAGCAAGGUUACCCUCUUUAAAAGGACCUAGAGACUUAACUCUUGGAGGAAUUCCUAAGAAAGUAUUUGCACCCACGAUCCCAGUACGGAAACCAGCUGAGCAAAAGGAUAAGAAAACAGAUCAAUCCAAGCAAGACCAAGGUGAUGUUAAACUAAAAGUUGAAAAAGAGAAAAGGGGGAGAUCUGGCAAAGAGAAGAGUUUUGACAAUUCUCAAAGGAAGUAUAAAGGUCAAAAUAUUAUACAUACACACUCUAUAUUUGAGGAACAAGGACCCUCUACUAAAAAUGUGUCCAAAGUUGCAAACAGAGGUGAAGGAUCAGUUGGAGGUAGAUUCAAUUCAAAGUCUUCUAGUGGUCAGACUAUAUCAAAGACAGAGGUACAAGAAGAUACUAAACAAGUUCUAGAUUUCUUACUCAGGGAUGAUUUUAUAGAUUCCAAGGAGAAAAGAGAUAAAUAUAUGGAACCUGUCCAUUUACCACUAUCUAAAUUAAACCUGAAACUUGAAGAUAAACCUGUCGAGGUUAAAGAUGAUCCAGAUGCCGAUGAAGAAAUGAUUGAUGUACAGCAAAGUCCAAAAUCUAAACCAGCAGAUGGUGUGUUAGAAGCUCUUACAAAAACAGAUUCAGGAGAGAUGUUAUUUUUCCAGUUUCCUGAUUGUAUGCCAGGUAACCCAGUAAAUAGAGCCCAAGCAGAUGAAGAAGAAAAAAAAGAAGAAACACAAACGCAAUCACAAACACAAUCACAAACACAGACACAGAGGUUAUCUGACUUCUCUGAAGGAGCUGUUGGCAAGUUGGUCAUUAGAAAAUCUGGCAAGACACAACUGGUGAUAGGAAAUAUAACAAUGGAUGUCUCCAUGGGAACCAAAUGUGGCUUUUUACAGGAUGUUGUUUCCAUCCACACAACAGAAGACAGUGGCAAUUUGAGUGUAUUAGGACACAUAAAACAUAGACUAGUUUGUACACCAGACUUUGAUAGCAUGCUCAACACAUGAAUAUUUCUGCUAUGUGGAAUGAUCAAUUAUAGCGAUUGAGCUAUGAACAUGAAAUAUGGAUCUAGCCCAAGAUAAGGGCUCAAAAGCAGAUUAAAAUAUACAUAUGUUAUUUGGAAGCAGAAAGAUUUAACAAGGCUUGCAGAUAUUAACGAUAUAAUAAAAUCUAAUGUGAAAAGAGAAAUUUGUUUAUUUUGUGCGAAGAAGUGUAGUGUAAUGAUUUACAAAUAAAAUUGAAGUUUUAUA